AUGUUUUCCUUCAGUUAUCUAUCUACGUGUAUCUUAUAUUUUCUCAAUCUGUUCAUAUCUCUUUUCCCUUCUAUCUAUCUAUCUAUCUAUCUAUCUAUCUAUCUAUUCUGGUACUUAGUACUUUUCUUUCCUAUCUAUCUAUCUAUCUAUCUAUCUAUUCUGGUACUUAGUACUUUUCUUUCCUAUCUAUCUAUCUAUCUAUCUUCUGUUCAUUCAUAUCUCUUUGCUCUUAUCUCUGUCUUUAAUCAUAUCUAUCUAUCUAUCUAUCUAUCUAUCUAUCUAGGCACUUCGCACUUUUCCUUUCUUCCUAUCUAUCUAUCAUAUAUAUAUAUAUAUAUAUAUAUAUAUAUUGUUAUCUUUCAUUCUUUUUUUCCUUCCAUUUUUCUUACUUCUUUCCUACCUUCAUUCAUUCAUGCAUUCUUUCUUCCUCAUUUCCUUCCUUCCUAUCUAUCUAUCUAUCUAUCUAUCAAGCACAAGGCUACAAUAGUAGCGGUGCAUGUGAGGAUCGAACUCACUACAGUACCUACAGUUUCGGUGCCCAUCUUCGUGCAUUGCCAUUUGCUGAGGACCGGGAGACUUAUAGGGAUGGCCCAAUGA